AUGGACGUAUUAUUAAGAAUCUCAAUGGCCUUAGUGCUUUGCCUCUCAGCAUUAGGAUCCAAAGUCAAGUUACCUCCAGAUAUGUCCCAAGGUUUGUAUGAAAGUCAAUAGAUCCUCACAGUACUAUCGAUCACAAGUAAAGACCUGGACCUUUUAUAUCUUAGAGUAACCGUUUUUUCCAUUGUUAAGGCAUUAGAUAAAAUCUUGAAUUCUUAUUACAUAACUCUAGCUUAUCAAUGCAACAAAAGAGAUCAGGUAUUCACAGUCAUGUUUUUAAUAUUAUAUUAAAAACAUGACCGUGUAGUGUCCCAAGUUAUAAUUGAAGUAAGACAAAACUGCAGUCACAUUCAUGAAGGUGUCAAUACCUGAUCUCUUUUGUUAUCUCUGAUGGCACUUACAUCAUAUCUUUGUUUUUUGGCUUCUUUUGAAUAAAAUGAGCUGUUAUUGUUGUCAUUAGAUUGCCCAAAAUCUCAAUUUUUAUUUGACAAAGAAGCUUACCUUUUUUAUGUGUUUUCCUUUCUAGCAAUUUUCUGUGAGAGUUGCAGUGCUGUGAUGCAAGGUAAUGAAACCAUGUGACUUUUAUUGACAAUGGCCACUAACAUGACAGGUCUUAAUUUUAGCUGAAGCCUUUAUCCCUGAUAUGUAUACCCAGAGUUCUAAAGAGGAAAGGGCCUUUGCCAUUUUGUAGUGGAAAAUCCCAAAUCAAUAUUAUAUACCCUCAAUAAGGAGAGCAGGUUGGCUCGCCCACAGAUUUUUGAGCAAAAGAGAGACUGCUUGCAGCCUAUGGAGAAGGGCAUAACAUGGGUACCAAUACUACGAAACUACACAGAAUUAAAUAUAAACACCACACAGAAUAACAUAAGAAACUGCAAACCGCAUUGAAAUUACCCAAAAAUUUCUAAAUACCACAAACUGCUUGGUUUUGUAAAACAGCAAUACAACUUAAAAUAAAAAUUCCCGCAAAACAGCACCAAAAAUCGAGCCAAAGCUCGUCACCACAAACCCGUAUGCCCCCCUCCCUCUGAUAAGACAAGACAGACCAAAAUUAUAUUUAGAACAGUCAAUAGAGAGCGCUUUGUAAGUCUAAUGAACAGUCAGUUAUAGGGAGAGAGGGAAAGAGUUUCCAUUGAAAGCAAAAAAAUAUUACCGACACUGAAAUGUGUACACUGUAUAUGUGUUGCGAGGAGAGCUGCCUUUGACCUUCAAAGAGAAUUAAUGUUCUAUUAAAACAGAGUGAUCCGCUAGCAGGACAGAGUGAAAAGCAAACUGGAAAUGUUUUCACUUACUUUUCUGUCUUUGGCCUGUUCGAGGCUCUUUUUACUAUACAUCUACUUGCUAUUAUUUUGAUUGUCCAGGAUAAAUGAGAACGCAGAAACCUAGAACAAAGGCUAACCUGUCCCUCACCUCAAACCCUGCCCCCCCCCCUCCCCCUUAUCACCCAUGGUAUUUCAUGACAGCAACCAUUCACACAUGAAGAGAGAAAACCAAGGAGAGGGAAGUGGUUGAGGAUCAGCUCUCUCCAUGUAGAAAGAGGGUAAGAAAGAAAGCAGAAAUUCCUUCUAAUUUUGCUGUGUUUUUCCCAUCUCUUUUUAGAAAUAGGCAAGUUAUUAGCCAAAAAGAGUUCUGAUCCAAGAGAAUUGCAAGUGGUUGAAGCAAUGGAGGACAUCUGUCAAGCUAAAUAUUUUUCAAAGUAUCACUAUUCUCCACCUACAACAAUUAAAGCUUGUAAAUUUCUCAUAGGUGAGUUUUCUGGCUUUGAUUUUAAAUAAAUUUAUGUGUCUGUGAUUUCUUUAUUUUUUAGUUUUCCUUUCUUUUGUCCUGUUCUAAAUUCAAAAAAUACCCCAGGAAAAUAGUCCAUGGUCAAAAGCUGGUGGUCGACCUUAGUGCACGACCAUUAUUUACAGCUUAGUACAGCCAUAUCAAAGUGUAUUUUGCUUCUUUUUUCAUUGAAAAAUAAUCAGAAAUCACAGGUGGCCAUGGCAUGCUAUAAUCAAAACUUGCACAUUUAAUAUUCUCAGUGCACUGGCAUUCUUUCUCCUAAAACUGCAUUUACACGCCGGGCAAAUUUUACUUGGCAAAGUGAAAGUUUGUGUUAAGCCUAAAACAAUAUUAACCAUGAUAAAAUAUAUUAAAUCUCUCUUCCUAUUACACCCGUCUCUACUAAUUCCCCCCCCCCCUCUCUUUGAAGGUUGAACUUUGUAAUAAACCCAGUCGCUAAUAACUACUCUGUUAUAUGAGAUGUUUAGAUCAAAUAAGCUUCAUCCAGCUUGUAACAGAGUUUUUAUGGUAGCUGUAACCACGAAGGUAAGUUGAUUAAUGGAAUUUGUGAAGGGGCCACUUGAAACACGUUCGCUUAUUAUACAGCUUUCAAUGUAAUAGGCCACUUUGCUCCGAGUUCCAAAAACCCUCACUUUCAAAAUGAGGCUAAGUGCACAACCUCUCUUGUGAAAAUGAGUUUUAUUUGCAUGAGAAUGAAAAGUGAUUUCCAUAUCAAAGGCUGAGCACCUACCCUCGUUUUGAAACAGAGGCCCGGGGAAACUCGGAAAUGGCGUAUUUUUACUUUUUUUUUUUUUUGACAGAAAAAUAUGAAGAAGAACUGGAACAGCUGUUGACCACGAAGUCAGCAGAUUAUGAAAAGGAAGUCUGCUACGAGUUGACGAAGGCUUGCGAAGGAGUAGACAGAAGUAAGAAAGAAAAAGAAGAGAUGGAUGUCCGGUUUAAUGAUCAGAAACAAGAGGUUAAAACGGAAAAAUCAACACCACAGAAAGACGACGAUGGAAUUCAAAGGAUGAACAUUGAUAUUAACGAUCCCGGUGCCGCGAAACGAUUAGCAGAUCAAAUCAAAAUGCAGGUUGCACAGCAGCAGGCAAUGGGUGGCGGAAGUGAUGAUGAAGAUGAUGAUGAUGACGAAGAUGAAGACGAAGAGGAAGAUGAGGAUGAAGACAACUCGUCAAAAACUAAGAAGAAAACUGAACUUUAA